GUCGUGAGAAGAGAACGCCUGGGAACGAGGUUACACCGAAAGGGGGAGCGCCAUUGCAUGGAUAUUCUCUCCGUUGCACUGAGCCACUACCGCCAGCCCCUACAGCUCCGACCAGCAGUAGCAGCCCAGUGUUCCGCUCCUGUCCAACGCGUUAUCAGACAAAAACGUUAUAGGCUUCCGCUGAUGGGGCAGAUUGAAAUAUUAAUCUUUACGCGUAUUUGAGAUUAAUUCACGUAUGGAACGGCCUUGGAAGAGAGUAGAGAUGCAGCGCUGCUCCGAGAGCUCCCCACGAGAACCAUACUGGGCUUUCAUGACAAGCAAUCCUAUGAUAUCCUGUGUGUUCCAUACGACUAUGAUAUGAGUAACAUCUGGUCGUGUACGGACGAGGAGUAACGCAACCGCACGUUACGACGUGAAGGACAUUGUGGUUUUCUCUGCAGACGUUUGCGUGAGGAAAGCUCAUUUUGGAUUUGUGAUGGAGCUGGAGAACAUAGUAGCCAACACUGUACUGCUGAAGGCGAGAGAGGGUGGAGGCGGGAAGCGGAAGGGGCGGAGUAAAAAGUGGAAGGAGAUCCUGCGGUUCCCGUACAUCUCUCAGUGUGCAGAGAUGGGGUCCACCCUGGACCGGGACUACGUGAGCCUGUGUGAGAAGCAGCCAAUCGGGAGGCUGCUCUUCCGACAGUACUGUGAGACCAGACCAACGCUGAUGAGAUGCAUCCAUCUACUGGACGCCAUGGAGGACUACGAGGUCGCGCCCGAUGAGAAGCGCAAAAGCCGAGGGGACCAGAUCAUCAAGAAGUUCCUCUCCAUAGAUUCGACAGAGUGCGUGGACGUGGCGAAGAUCUACGCCGACCAGUGCAGCGAGAAUCUCGAGUUGAGUCCCUGUAAAGAGAUCUUCAGCGACUGUCACAAAACCCUUCAUGACUACCUAAGCGGUGAGCCGUUCUCCGACUACCAGAACAGCAUGUACUUCGACCGCUUCCUGCAGUGGAAGAUGCUGGAGAGGCAACCGAUCACCAAGGAUACGUUCAGGCAGUACCGGGUCCUGGGGAAGGGGGGGUUCGGAGAGGUGUGCGCCUGCCAGGUGAGGGCCACGGGGAAGAUGUACGCCUGCAAGAAGCUGGAGAAGAAGAGGAUCAAGAAGAGGAAAGGGGAGUCCAUGGCGCUGAACGAGAAGCAGAUCCUGGAGAAGGUCAACAGCCGCUUUGUGGUGAGCUUAGCAUACUCGUACGAGACCAAAGACGCUCUGUGUCUGGUGCUGACCAUCAUGAACGGGGGCGACCUGAAGUUCCACAUCUACAACAUGGGCACGCCGGGCUUCGAGAAGGACCGGGUGCAGUUCUACGCGGCUCAGAUCUGCUGUGGCCUCGACCACCUGCACAGGGAAUCCAUCGUGUACAGGGAUCUGAAACCAGAGAACAUCCUCUUGGAUGACAACGGUCACAUCCGCAUCUCAGACCUGGGGCUGGCCAUCAAAGUGCCUGAAGGAGAGAUGAUCCGGGGCCGCGUGGGCACGGUGGGCUACAUGGCGCCGGAGGUGAUCAACAACGAGAAGUACGGUAUGAGCCCGGACUGGUGGGGGCUGGGCUGCCUGGUGUACGAGAUGACCGCCGGGAGGUCUCCGUUCCGGGCACGCAAGGAGCGGGUGAAGCGCGAGGAGGUGGAGAGGAGGGUGCAGGAGGAGGAGGAGGAGUACAGCGACAAGUUCACAGAGGACACCAAGGCCAUCUGUAGGAUGCUUUUGACCAAAGACCCGAAGCAGAGGCUAGGGUGCCAGGCGGACGGGUCGGCGGGCACCAAGGCCAACCCCUUCUUCAAGAACACCAACUUCAAACGCCUGGAGGCCGGGAUCCUGGACCCAUCCUUUGUGCCCGACCCCCGUGCGGUCUACUGUAAGGACGUUCUGGACAUAGAGCAGUUCUCCACCGUGAAGGGCGUCAACCUGGACCGCACCGACAACGACUUCUACUCCAAGUUCGCCACCGGAAGCGUGUCCAUCCCCUGGCAGCACGAGAUGAUCGAGACAGAGUGUUUCAGCGAUCUGAACGUCUUCGGCCCCCACGGGACCAGACCCCCAGACCUGGACUGGGACCACCCCCCGGAGCCCCCGAGACGCAGCGUGCUGGACAGGCUGUUGAGGAGGCAUAUCCCCGAGGUGUCCAUUGCCAACAGGCGCGUGCAGUCUUCCAGCGUAAACUCUGUGGACUCCAUGUCCCACUCUGCCCCCUAGUGGUAUGGCAACCGCUCGGAGCCCCAUACACACACACAAACACAACCAUACACAUCCAUACAGACACACACACACACAAACACACACACACACACACACACACACACACACACACACACACACACACACACACACACACACACACACACCGAACACACACACACACACACACAUAUACAUAUACACACAUAAGGAGGGAGGGAGCCCCCGGUUUACAUUGGGGGGGUCGGACCAGAAGCUCCCAGACCACGUUCCUUCAGCCAAACGGUCCAACGGAAGAAAAGUUGACACUCAUCGUUGACACUCAUCGGGGGGGGGGGGGGGGGGGGGGGGGGGGGGGGAAUGGGGAGCCUUAAGACCCUCAGAGCUGGGGGGGAGGGGGAUUGUUUGGCUGCACCACCAAGCCACUUAUGGUCAUGAAAACAGGAACG